AUGGCGAAGAAGAAGGAUAACGGUGUCACAAUCCCGGAGAUUGUCUGGACCGACGACUUGGUCUGGCAGCUAUUGGUGCAGAUUGAACUUUCGGAGAACAGAGUCAUGCUUCUAGGCAAACGGAAGAAGGGCGAGAACACGUCAGGAGAUAGCAAAGUGAUGGUAUAUCAGCGCAUGGCAGCUGCCGUUUUCCCACAAUUGCACAGCCAGAAUGCUGUUGCAAUGGGGGACCAAGUGCAUGCUCGACGUCUCCGAAAAACUGGUGAAGGGAUCCAAUCUGACGUGAACAGCAAUGUCUCCGACAAUGAAUUUUUCGAAUGCUAUGUCCCCGCUGAUGGACCCAACACAACCACAACUCCAAAAGCACAAUGUAUUUGGGACGAGAUUGUUGAGCAGUUCAAAUUCUUUCCUGUCCUCCAUCAAAUCUUAUCCUCCUGUCCAAAUGUCACUCUGAUAGCCAUCACUACUGGUGUUGGCCCACAUGGCAGGAAGACUGUGCACUACCAGCCUCCGAGUGAUGACGAAGGACCAGAACUUGCAUCGGAGAAUUUUUCACAGAUCCAGAGCCUCCACACAGCCCUUCAGAACGAGGCAGCACAGCAUGGAAUCUCGCCAUCUUUUGAGUCUCCUUUCAAUAAUAUCAUAGAUCCUUCUGACUUUUCUCAACCUCUUUAUGAUGUCAAUGACAAGGAGAAUGAUCCUCCUCCAUCCUCGCAGUCAACCCCUACCCCAACAACUAAGCGAGCUCUGAAAUCUUCAUCAAUGUUACAAGAUAGUCUCACCAAAGCGAGACAACGGAUCUCCAAGGUGCCGAAGAAGCGGACCCUUGACGAGACACUCAUUAACAUGCAGAAGGCCAGUUUAGAUGCUAUCAAUGCUCGUGCUACAGCAGAGAGGAAGCUUCAAGAGCGCCAACUGCUGCUCAAAGAGUUUGAGGCCAGAAUUUGGGAUGUUGACGAGUAUCAUGAAAAGCUCCGUGAACUGAUGCAUGACAAGGCUGAGCCUGUGAAGCGUGCUCGUUACUCUCCAGAUUGGCCAGAUUUUGAUUAG